UUUUACUUACCUAACAUACGUAAAGUCAACAAGAUGGCUUGCAAGGCGCUCAUGAAAUUUUCGCCAGGAACUAAGGCCCUAAUUCAACUCAUCCAAGUAAGCUAUUAAGAAUUUAUGUACAGGUUUUAUUUAAUUGAUUUUUUUCAUCUUUAAGGAUUUAUUAAAAAGUUUAUGUACAUUAAUUUAGCUCGAGUUUGCUGUCACCUUCAAUUAAUGAAGGGGUAUUUUGUGGCCUUGGCCUUGAAGUUUUGACUUUAACACUUAAGAAAAUCUAAUCACCAUUAAUCUUUCAAACAAUUUAAUUAUUUUAAAUUUAAAGAAACACAGAUGAUUUAUAUUUCCCCAGGGUUGUUUUAUGCUAAAAAGUAACAUUUCAUGUGAUCAUUACUCAUUACAUUUUUGCCUGGGUGGAAGGCAGUAGUGAGAAGUAGGCCAUAGUUAUAGGUAGUAUUAGUAUUAUGAAUUAUGUCAUGUAAAAAAUAAGUUGGUGUAACAUUUUUGAAUUUUUAAUAUAAUUGUUUGUUUUUUAAAAAACAAUUGACAUGACUACAUGAUAGUGAUACUGAUAGGGACAAUAAUGACAGACUCAGAUAGUAAUUGAUACUAAUACUAAAUACUAAGACUAAGGUAUAGGGGUGUGCCGGAAUCCGGUGAAAUCCGGUUCCGCCGGAUUUACAUGUAUCCGGAACAUCCGGAAUAUACCGGAUUUCGGAAUUUGCCAGAUUUUGUGACUCACCGGAUCAUAAUCUGAAAUAAAAGUAAUUCUCUUUCCUGAAUUCCACACGAUCACGAUACAUUAAUCGAUUGUUUCGAGCGUUGAGCUUGUUUAAUGUUUAAUAUUCCGAACAUACCAGAGGCUAGAGUCAGCACCGCUAAUAGUGGCCAAUAGUGUAGGGACUUUGAUAAGAAAAUUUAAACUUUUUGUAAAAAUAAACCAAUGGCAUAGUUGAAAAGAGGUAAUUUUUUAAAGAAUUAUAACACCAAAAUCAUAUUUUUAGCUGUUGUAGUUUUAAAGUUAUGAAUUUUUAAAGUACGACUUGGUUUGUCAUUUUUUAACAUGGACUGCAUCUCCACAUUCUGUGAUCCGUCAUGCGCAAUGACUAUAUAGUUUAUAUAAGGCAACGCAUUCCCUGCCUUAUCACUAAAAUACUGUUUAGACUUAGUUUAAACUUUCAACUUUGGCACAUGAAUAAUUAAUUAAAGCUUUCCCUGACCAAUGGUUUAAUAGUUUUUGCUCGAAACAAUCGAUUAAUGUAUCGUGAUCGUGUGGAAUUCGGGAAAGAGAAUUACUUUUUUAUUUCAGAUUAUGAUCCGGUGAGUCACAAAAUCUGGCAAAUUCCGAAAUCCGGUAUAUUCCGGAAUCCGGUUGUUCCGGAUACAUAUAAAUCCGGCGGAACCGGAUUUCACCGGAUAGUGCAAAAUCCGGCGGAACCGGACUCCGGCACACCCCUAGGUAGUACUACGAUACAGUUAUGCAAGUGGCUGUGAAUGGUUGCCAAUGACAACGUGUUGCACACGGUAAAUUCUGAUCAUUUAUAAUAUGGAUUCUACCGGGUUGUUACCUUGACUUACCGAAGUAUCUACCACUAGUACCAAAAUCCGGAAUCCGGGAGAAACCGGAAUCCCGAUUAUUCCGGGAUCCGGAUCCGGCGGAUUUCGCAUAAGAAGAUCCGGAUCCGGUUGGAAAAAACGGAUCCGGCACACCCCUACUAAGGUAUCCUCUGAACGCUGGUUCAAAAUUCAUGAAUAACACUAUUUAGUAAAUCAUGUGGACUUCACUCAUCAGAGAUCAUGUUCAAGCUAUUUUUUUUGUUGUUGUUUUUGUGAACGCACCACUGGAAAACACACAAGUAACUUGGAAUCUAACCACAGCUUGAUCCACUUUGAUUCAUGGGCGCCCGCAGGGCAGGAUUGAUUGGAUACAAAAUUUUUAGACAAAAAAUGUAUUAAAGUAAAGAGAAAAUAAAGAGAAAGUAACUAAGCUGAUGUCCGUUCGUUAACCAUACAAAUACGCUACAGUAAAUUAAAACUACAUUAAAACAUUACCUAGAAAGUUAAUCAAUUUUUUUUGCCCUCUGCGGGCGCUCAUGCUAUGAUUGUUGAUUGAAUUUGUUACGGUCGAUGCUGGUUGGAAAUCCUGAACACAUUAUAACUGAUCAUGUACUUCCAGGAAAUGUCAUUGAAGUCAUUGUUACCUAUGCAUGGCCUGGCUAUAUUAACAUCAAUUUAUCAGCAUGAUUAAUAGUGCAUGCUGAAGAUUCGUACGUCCUGUUCACCCAGAAAGCCACACAAAGACUAUUGAGGGACUUUGGAUGCAGUUCAGUGUAGAUUUGCCUGUUUUCAAGCUACUUUUGUGCAUUCCAGUGGUCCUAUAGCCAUAAAGAUCAUGAUUGCAGACAGUAUUUAAGUUUGUUUAGUGACAAUCAUCAAAUUUGACCAAGCACUUGGUAAAAAAAUUAUUUUCUGCCAAACUGCUGAUUCGAUGCAUUUUCCUGGUGUUUUGAAUUUGGGAUCUGACUUUGAGGAUUGCAAAUACUAAUGAUACCGGCAUACUAAUAUUCAUUAGGCUGACUAGAUUAAGAGCUAAAGGCAUAAUUUCAAACUCUAAAUCACGUAAAAUCAUGAGUUAAUAACAAACUCACUGAUUUACCAAAAAAUGAUAAUCUCAAAAUCACUCAAAUAAAAUCAGUGAAAGUCUUUCAAGUUUUAUGAGGAAAAAAAUUAUAAAACAACAAAAAGGUUUUUCAAAGAGAUAGCCUUUCUUCAUUAAAUUUUUUUUUUUUAAAAUCUAAUCAAAUCGAAUAAAGCUAAAUAAGUGACCAAAAAAUAUUUAUUACCAGUAGUAUUCGACAGCGUUGCCACCAUUCGUAAAUUUACUGACAGUCCAUAAAAUUUUGACCCAAACUAAAAUGACUUGUCUGUAAAUAUUAUUAAGUAGUUGAGGAUAUCAGUAAAAAAAAAAAAUUUUUACGAUCAUAAUUAGGAGAAAUUCACCACUGAUUAGAAUGCUUUAAUUAAUAUUUUAAAAUAGCCCCAACCAUCAUGGUCAUAUGACAGAAUCAUACACUUUCAGAACUGAGUCAAACUGGAUUCAUAUUUUUUUAGCUUCAUAAGUUUAUUUUAAAAAAUAUAUCCAUAAAAAUGCUGCUUCACCAAAAAGAAUCUGCAGAUUUAAACAUAACUUUUAAUCCAAUAAAGCCAAUCAGCUCUUGCCACCAAAUUUUUCGCAAAUGUAGUUGCUAUCUGAAACUUUAAAAUAUUUUCUAAUGCAGACCAGAACUGCUCAAACCGCUGCUGCGCCUGUUGCCAAAAGUGAGAAAAAGUUGAAGAAAUUUGAAAUUUACAGAUGGGUAAGUUUUGCACUAGAUAUAUUAAAUAUCGACAUUCAUCAUUUAUUAGAAGCAAUACAAAUAAAUUGCUCUUAAUAAUGUUAGUUAGUAUUUAAAUUUUAUCACAGUUAAAUUGCGAUACAAUUCUUUAUUCUAACUUUCGUAGUGACUCUGAAGAAGACACUAGUAGUUGAUCUUAAUUGUAAGGCAAAAGCAUUUUAAUACCUGACACAUUUUUAUCACCUUCACCAGUUAACACUUUUUUUUUUCAUAACUAAAAGUUGCUAUUUUGUCUCUAAUAAGACUAUUUUGGGAUUAACCCUGAUGCAUGAACUUUGUCCCCAGAAUCCAGACAAGCCUGGUGACAAGCCAAGGGUGCAGACAUACCAGGUGGAUCUUAAUGAGUAUGCAAAUUAAAGUUCUUAACAUACUUUGUUGCAGACUUUAUACCUCCAACUUAUCAUAGGUUUAGCUGUGUAAUAUUUAUAUUUUACCCUGAGUUUGCUCUAACCUCUAAAUAGUUACAAUGUAUACAGGUGAACAUCCAAUCACCAUAAACGUUGGUACUGGUACAUCCUGAGUCAUAAACUGAGUUUAAAAUAAACUUACGAAGCUAAAAAAAUAUGAAUCCAGUUUGACUCAGUUCUAAAUAAGUGCAUUGUAUACAGGUGAACAUCCAGUCACCUUAACACUAUUGAGUACCUAUUUUAUUUUCUUAAUGGGGGGUGUGUGUGUGUGUAAUAAUCUGGCUCAUGAGAAAAAAAGCUGGUGCCUGAAUUCAUUGUGGUUUUUUUUUCUGUAUGCUACGACCAAAUUUAAUAACCACAGUGAUCAAAGACUCAGAAAAAUGACCAACAUGUAGUUUGCUAUUAAUUUUGCCAUAACUAUUUAGAUAAACAAGAUCAUGUUUUUUGUAUGAACCUUGUGUUUAUACCUUAGUUUAAUAAUAUUUCAUUACCCUUACUCUGCAAAGUGUUGUCUAAGUAUUCAUAUAUAGCUGAAUAGAGAAAAGAUAGGAUGUCUACACUCUUAUUCAAACAAUUUAAUAUCACACAUGUUUUAUUAUAAUACAUUCUCUGGCCUUGUUGAGCAUAGACGUGAGGAAUGGUAUAAAAGCUAUUUGUUGUUACUUUAAAUUAAAAUCACUGCCAGUCUGAACAUUUGACUCCUUUGCCUUUACUAACAGGCGGUUACAGAAUCUUUUUUCUUAAGUACUGAGUACAUGUUGCUGUUUAAAAAAAAUAAUACAGGCCUUGGCGGUUACCUAAUAUUUAUAUUUUAAACUUUUCAGCUGUGGUCCAAUGGUUCUUGAUGGCCUCAUCAAGAUUAAGAAUGAGAUGGAUCAAACCCUGACCUUCAGAAGGUCAUGUCGUGAGGGCAUCUGUGGGUCAUGUGCCAUGAACAUUGAUGGGACUAACACCUUGGCGUGUAUCUAGUAAGUUUACUCCUUAGAAGGUGUAUCUAGUAAGUUAACUCCAUAUAAGGUUUAUCUAGUAAGUUUAUUCCAUAAAAAUUUGUGUUUUGCUACAAGCUCUCUGGCAAUUGAAAUUCAAGAAAUAGAAGUCAUCUAAAAAUCAUGUGGAUCAUAAAUGUAACUUAAACAUAACUUUUAAUAUAAAAGUGAAUCAAGUUUUUUAAGAUGUUUUAUGUGACCAAUAUUCUUUGCCAGUUCUGAUCUGGAUGAGGCCUAGAACUAGUGAAAGCAAUUGCAUUGUGCUAGACCCUACAUCUUGGUCCCCAUUUUUUAAUGAAAUAUUUGCUUGCUACUUAGAUUUUGUUCGAUAAUGCCUGUUCAUCUCACAGGCCUACUCUGAUGUCAAUAACUAUUUGUCAUUUCAGCAAGAUCAAUGACAGCCCAAGCAAGCCUGUCAAGGUUUACCCUCUUCCUCACAUGUAUGUUGUAAAGGAUCUGGUACCUGUAAGUUUUAGUUUUUCUGCUAAACAUUUGUUAACUGAAACAAGCUCCACAUUAAAUCCUAAUCUAUACAUUCUUUUUAAAAAAAAUGUUUAUGUAUAACUGUUGAGAAAAUGUCAUUGAUUUCCAAAGGACAUGAGCAACUUCUAUGCCCAAUACCGUUCUAUUGAACCAUACCUCAAGAAGAAGGACGUGAAGGAGUCUGAUAUUGGAAAGCAGUCUUACUUGCAGUCAGUGGAAGAUAGAGCGAAACUGGUAUGUUUUUCAAACUUGUUUUCUAGGGAAAAACAUCUGUAUGGUGCAUUUUACAUGUUAACUCAUGUCAUAACUUGUGAAGUUAUUUUUUUUUAAAAUGAGAAGAAAAGUCUUGAGGCUGCUAUUUAAAUUUUGGGAACCAUUUAGAAUAUUCUGCCUAGUUUGAGAAGCAUUAUUUCAAACAAUUAACUGUUGGUUAUAAUUUCAAUCAACUGAGAUUUCUAUUUAGCAUUGUCAAGAUAAAAGCUGGCAAAGAAAUUCAUGCUCUCACUGCCAGUGUAUUAAACUGUUGAGCAGCUCCUCCCUACAGUGGAAUGUUCAUUAUUUAAAGAAAGUUGUUGACAGUAUGCCUUUGUACCAAUAGGAUGGCCUCUAUGAGUGCAUCUUGUGUGCUUGCUGCAGCACAUCCUGCCCAAGUUACUGGUGGAACUCAGACAAGUACCUGGGACCAGCUGUCCUUAUGCAGGCCUACAGGUAGCUAGCUCAUUAUUACUUGAAGACUUGCUUUUUAGAUCUAAUUUUCAAAUCCCUGUCUUCUACAGUUAACUUUUUAAAAUAAUAAUUUUAUUGUUAAGUAAUUAUUUUAAUAUUUUUUGGUUAUUUCUGAUCAAUUAUCAAAUUUUUAAAGAAUUUAAAGGGUUUUAAUUUUAUUACAUUGCUGCUGCUGAAUGACAGAUGGAUGAUAGACUCCAGGGAUGAUUUCACAGAGGAGCGUCUUGCCUUGAUGGAAGAUGGCUACUCUGUGUACAGAUGUCACACCAUCAUGAAUUGUACCAAAACGUGCCCUAAGGUGGGUUCACUGUUCUAACUUAGGCUGAAAGUUAGUUUUAUUAGAAUAAAACAGCAAUAUAUUUUAUAGCUUUAUAUAUUUUAUAUUUUAUAUAUUAUAGCUGGCUGAUUGUAAGCUAAAUGAAUUUUUUACCUUGAUUUGUUUACUUUUAGGAGGCAAGGGAAGUAACGAAGAUGAGAAUUGUUAGGUUUUAAAUAUUUUUUAUAGCCAUUUACCUUUCCUUACAUACUUAUUGGGCUAGGUGUUUUUAAUAUUGAGAUAAAGUUAAAGAGAAAUCAAACUUAUGCUGGAGUAUGUUUACCUCUUUAUAGAGUUUUCAUAAUUUUAGUCAUAUCAAAUUGUUUACAAAAAAAUAUAGAUAGUAAUCAAAAUAGUUGAUAUGGUUAUGAUACACUUUAAUUUUAAUAUGUAAUCUCAUAUAUAUAUAUUUUGCUUGUGGUGUGUCCUGCUUCCUUUUCACAAGUAGCCCCUUCCACAACAACAUGUUUUAUAUUAAUAGUAUCAGGGUUGGGGGGGGGGUGGGGGAGAUCUGUGUCACAGGGAGCAUCAUGUGUGGUGGUUGAACUCAUGUAAAAAUGUAGAUUUUUUUCUUGUGUGGUGGGACUAUUAUAUUAAUAAAUAAAGAGCUUGAGGUCUGGUGUAAGACAGUCUGUAGGACUAUUAUUUAAAGACCGUCAGGUAGGGUGUAGGACAUUUGUUUAAAGACAAUGAGACGUUAACUCUUUUUUUAUUUAUAACACUUGGACCCACCCAAACAGUAAAAAACGGCACCCGAUUAAGCCCUAGUAAAUUUUGUUUAGUAAUAAGUAAUAAAUAUUAUUUUCCUGCAAGAAUAACUUCACUUAAGUGAUGUUUGGUUUUGGCAAACAUAUGAGGCUCUUUGUGAUAGAUUUCAACAUGAAUGAGUGUUAUUUAGCUUGUAUGAUUGAAGUUUAACCUGGAUAAUUGAUGUUUGAUGACUGGUUGUAUAUUGUUUUUAUCCAGGGACUUAACCCAGGCAGAGCUAUUGGUGAAAUCAAGAAACUCAUGAUGUCCUACAAUAAACAGAAGGCCGCCCAUUGAUGACUGAGAAGACUUCGAGUCAUUCACUAACAGGAAACUCGGCCCCUUCUCGCGUGGGCGUGUAUAAUUUCUGUAGAUUAAAAUGUGAAUCAGUUUAUUGAGGAUAGACUUUGUUAACACGAUGUAAGAUUUGUUUAACCAUAGAGAUAUUUUAAAUGGAACCGCUGAUGUUGCAAAACAUCUUUGUUUGCUUGUUGUCAUGUGAUCUGUCAACACUUAGUUGUGAUGUCAUUUAUGGGGGGGGAGGGCUGACAGUCAAUGCUUAGGUUUACUGUCAAUUUGUUUGCUUGGUGGGGUGGGGGUGGGGGUGUUAGUCUGCCAAUGCUCAACUCUAAGCAAUCUCUCGUGUACAUAAGAAUCAAAGACAACAACAAAGUGUCAAUGGAACCAAGAGAUUAUUUUAAAAUGAUCAAUGUUCCAUUUAUUUUUUUUUAUGACUUUGGGUUAGGGUGGGUAAAAUCCAAAUGUUUUUAGUGAAGAAAAGAUCUCAUCAUAGGUAGAGUGGAACUUGUAUCAGAAGACAAGCGGGAUAAUUUAAGUUAGAAGCUCCAACAGACUGCAUCAGGUUUGGAUUUGAAACUUUAAAGAUGAUAUGCAAUUUUUUUGUUUAUGUUGCACUUUUUUAAUUAAAAGAUUGUAAAAAAAUAACCUUCUUUUUUGUGUCACCGCAAUGUUUGAUUGUAUAUUCAUUAUUUAAGGAAAUAAAAAGAUAUGUGAUAAA